GGUCAGUUGUGCUAACGCUGGACUUCAACGACUCGAGGAAGUACUUAUAGUGAAGUUUAUUAAUAGAUAAUAAAGUUGUGUUCUACAUAUACAUCUCAAAAACUCUUCUUAUAACUUAUACAUCCAGUUUCGGAUAAAGAAUACGCGGAGCAUCCAGAGCCAGACAGAGAUUGUGAUUAUUUAGUGCUAUUACAAGUGGUGAAGCAUUCACAGAGCCUCAAGUGAAAUGAUUUAUAACUUCCCAUAUUGAGUGUGAGAGUUGAAUAUUCUCCUUCCCCUUCCCAAAAAACCUAUUCAAUCGCCUGGAAGAUCCUUCAUUGAGAAAGAAAAAGGAUUUUCCUUGCUUUGUAUAGUGUGGUGUGAUUUGGAAAAUCAUUUAAAUUUCGAGGAUUUUCCCUGUUUUUUGGGGACACUAAAAUAGUGCAAAAAAGCCCACAAUUUGUUGGAUUAACAAACUCACUUCUCUCGCGCUAUCUGGAUUAUAUAAAGUGGAUUACAUAAGAAAGGACUCUUAUAUAGCGUGCAAUCAUGUCCAAUACCGUCGCUCCUGAUUUCCCAUUGGGACCAAAUACAUGGACAGCGAAUAGUGUUUUCUACUUACUCCUCGCUCCUGCUAUUCUCUUGUGGAUUAUUUACUGGAAAUUGUCCCGUCGUCAUCUUGUAGAAUUGGGUGAAAAAUUACCAGGACCACCGACUCUUCCCAUUAUUGGGAAUGUAAUGAGUCUUCUGGGAUCGCCCCACAAAACAUUUGCAAAUGUUAUGGGAAUGGGCAAACUAUACCCAGGCGGAGUUGUACGCUUGUGGAUUGGGCCAAAAUUGACGGUAUUCCUGUACGAUCCGAAGGACAUUGAAUUAAUUCUCAGCAGUCACAUUUACAUUGAUAAAUCCACCGAGUAUAGCUUCUUCAAGCCAUGGCUCGGAAAUGGUUUAUUAAUCAGUACAGGCCACAAAUGGAGAUCACAUCGACGAAUUAUUGCGCCCACGUUCCAUCUCAACGUCCUCAAGAGCUUCAUAGAUCUCUUCAAUGAAAACUCACGACAUGUGUGCAACAGACUGAAGGAUGAAGUGGGAAAGACUUUCGAUUGUCACGACUACAUGUCUGAGGCAACAGUGGAAAUUCUUCUAGAAACUGCAAUGGGUGUCUCGAAGAAGACGCAAGAGUCCGGGUAUGAGUACGCCAUGGCCGUGAUGAAGAUGUGCGACAUCCUCCACUUGCGCAUCCGCAAAAUUUGGCUUCGUCCUAACAGCAUCUUCAACCUCACAAGUCACGCGAGUCGCCAGGAGAAGCUUCUUGGGAUUAUUCAUGGGCUGACAAAGCGUGUGAUCACCAGCAAGAAGGAAGCUUUCAAGAAUGGCAUGCGUGGCUCCCUGGCUGAGACGAACAUCCGCACAGAGAGCUCUCCCAGCGCUAAGGCACGCUCAGACAACACAACAACCGUCGAGGGACUCUCCUUCGGGCAAUCUUCAGGGCUGAAGGAUGAUCUGGAUGUUGAGGAGAAUGACAUUGGGGAGAAGAAGAGAUCCGCCUUCCUGGAAUUGCUGCUUGAGAGUGCAGAAAAUGGUGCCUCAAUCACUGAAGAUGAAAUUCGCGAGCAGGUCAACACCAUUAUGUUUGAAGGACACGACACAACAGCUGCUGCCAGCUCAUUCUUCCUCACACUGAUGGGUCUGCACCAGAACAUUCAGGAUAAAGUAAUUCAGGAGCUCGAUGAGAUCUUCGGGGACUCUGACCGACCAGCCACAUUCCAGGAUACCCUCGAGAUGAAAUACUUGGAGAGAUGCCUCAUGGAAACACUCCGAAUGUAUCCACCAGUGCCAAUUAUUGCCAGAGAACUCAAGGAGGACCUCAAACUAUCAUCUGGAAAUCACAUAAUCCCCGCUGGAGCAACCGUUGUUGUGGCCACAUACAAACUCCACCGCAUGGAGAAUCUCUACCCCAACCCGGAAGUCUUUGAUCCCGACAAUUUCCUCCCUGAGCGUCAAGCUAAGCGUCACUACUACGCCUUUGUGCCCUUCUCCGCUGGCCCCAGGAGCUGUGUUGGGCGCAAGUACGCCAUGCUGAAGCUGAAGAUCCUCCUCUCGACCAUCCUCCGCAACUACCGUGUCUACUCAAAUAUCGACGAGAAGGCCUUCAAAUUGCAAGCUGACAUCAUCCUGAAGCGAGAAGAGGGCUUCCCCGUGCGGGUGGUACCGCGGAAGAAGCUGUCCGCAUAGAGAAAGGGGGCAGGAAGAUCUGGGGGGAUCUUUGGCUUUUUCUUAGGAUUAAAAUGCGCACCUACUUGUUUCUCUUUUUAACUAUAAUCUCUACAUUAUGGAAAGGAGAAGAACCAUUCCCAUCAAUUUUCAUAGACAAAUAUGCUGUAUUUUCUUUAGUUGAGAGACUAUACUAUGGAUGUUUUAAUUAUAAACGAAAUAAUAAUAUGAUCACUUUUAGAAAAA